AUGAUGAUGGGUUUUCCCCUUUACCGUUUGACAGAGAACCCACCGGAUGUCCCGAUUACUCUGACUGAGCCGUACCGCACGCUAAGCGGCCACACCGCGAAGAUCACCAACCUGGCCUGGAGCCCACACCACGACGGCCGCCUGGUGUCUGUCUGUUACGAUGGCACUGCUCAGGUGUGGGACGUGCUGAGUGAGGAGCCUGUGUGUAACUAUCGAGGCCACGUGGGGCGGCUGCUCAGUGUCCAGUGGUCCCCGGUGGAGCCGGACAUGGUGUGGACGGGAGGCGAUGACUUCACGCUGCAGCAGUGGGAGGUGUCGCGGCAGGAGCACGUCCGACCCCCCAAAGGUAAGAAGAACUCGGAGCUGGAGAGGAAAAGGUCCACGUUUCCGAAGCCCAAGUCCAAAAAGAACAGGAAGAUUCCGAGCGAGAGGGAACGGGAGAGCGGGGAGAGCCCGGACACCAGGAGCCACAGGGACUGGAGGGAGAGAGAGCAGCCGCCGGAGACCGUGACCGAGCCAACGUCCGUGCCUAACGGGACCGCCACACGCGACAUGGCAGACCGUCGGGCCCCCAGUCCGGGGUUUGGCCCCCCGGCGACAGACCUGCUGAGUGGCGGCUCCAGCCAGGACCCUCCUCCGAGGAAAGAGCGUCAGAGAGAGGAGAGAAAGAAGGAGAAACCGGGGGGUGCUGUGGGGAAGAGGAGGAAAGGGGGUUCAGUGCUUCCCCUCAGUGGGGCCAGUGACCAUCGGCCUAAGGAGGAGCUUCACCAGGACUGUGUUAACCUGGCCAGCGUCCUGUACAGCAAAGGGAAGGAAGGGCCCCUCCCGGGGGAGGGGGAGCGGAUACAGUUGGGGCUGUUUGUGGACCGGGCGGCUCUUUACCGGAUGUUUGCCGAGGAGGGUCGGAGCCACCUGGAGUCGGGCCAUCCUGAGCUGCACCAUCAGCUGCUGCUGUGGAAAGGAGAUGUGAGGGGAGCCCUCCAGGUAGCCGCCCAGCGCGGAGAGCUCAGUGACUCACUGCUAGCCAUGGCGCCCAUGGCUGGCUAUGGUGUGUGGGUGAGCACAGUGGAGGCCUAUGUGAAGCAGUUGUGUUUCCAGGAGCAGUACGUACUGGCGGCCACACACCUGCUCUCACUGCAGCGCGUCCAUCAGGCUGUCCAGCUGCUGUCCUCCCACCAACUCUACAGGGAGGCCAUUGCAAUCGCCAAAGCCCGGCUGCCACCCACGGACCCGUUGAUCAGUGAGCUGCUGGGGAGCUGGGCCGCGAGCCUGGCGAAGGACGGCCAUUACUCUGUGGCUGCCAAGUGUUACCUGACGUCUCGGUGCCCAUACGACGCGGCCAAGGUGCUGGCGAGGAAGGGAGACACGGUGUCGCUCAGGACAGCGGCUGAGGUGGCCCGGCUGGCAGGGGAGGUGGAGCUCUCGGCCUCACUCGCCCUGCGCUGCGCACAGGACCUGGUGUCGCAGCGAGACUGGCUCACAGCUCAGGAGGUCCUACAGCAGCAGCAGAGCCUACUGGGCCAGAGGUUGCUGCUGUGCACGCACGAGCUGCUGUACAGGAGGCUGGAGGAGCGGGAUGUGCUCCUGUGGAGAAGCGCCAACGCUCCCCGGUUCCACAGCUGGGGGGCACUAGCGAGCCAGAGCUUCCUGAGCUCAGUGCAGGGCGUGUGGCGGGGGGAGUUUGGGCUGGAGACCAGCGAGACGGACAACCUGGAGACCCUCCGCAAACAGCUCAGUACAACCGAGUGCCCCCCGGCUACCCCCAACACCCCCCCCAAACAGCUGUUGCUGACAGUGGCCCAGGAGGUGUGUGGGGUAGGGCUGAGCGAGCUGAUGGGGGACAGCUCAGGGGCAGUCACCCACACGCUCGGCGCUGUGACCCGCUGUCUGGACGCCGCACACUUCACACUGAUGCAGGAAGUCAACCGCCUGCUGCUGCCCGAGGGUCUGGAGUCUGUCUCGGGGCUGGGGUCCCGGCUGGAUGGGAGCGACUGUGAGGGUAUGGACGCUCUGCGGAGCCUGGAAGCGUUCUGGUGUUACGGGGAGCUGUACCGGCUGUGGUGGGGUCUCCAGCCCGAGCCGGAGCAGGAGUGCCAUCCCUCCCCCAGCCCCCCACAAGCUGCCCGGGAAUCCCCGGACGCUGCGGACGGAGAUUUACCACCGGCUCCCGACGGCGACGGGUUACACCGGGAAACGUCCGGCUCUGCGGCUGUCUUGUCCGGUGUUCCCGGGCUGCUGUCUGCCUGCUCCCGUCUCCUCUCCGAGGAUCACGCCCGGAUGCAGGCUCUCGGGCAGCAGAUCACAGAAAUCCGGGAAGCCGUGGGCAAACUGAUCUGCCAACACCGGGAGUCGGUCAGGACUGAACCGGGAGAGGAGGAGGAGGGAGAGAGAGAGAAGGAGGAGGGAGAGAGAGAAAAGGAGGAGGGAGAGAGAGAAAAGGAGGAGGAUGGAGAGAGAGGAAAGGAGGAGGAUGGAGAGAGAGGAAAGGAGGAGGAGGGAGAGAGAGGAAAGGAGUCUAGAGAAACGAUGUCAGUAAACGGAGAUGUGGAUACGAUGGGUGAGCAGGAGACGGAGGCUGGAGCGAGUUUGCUGGGACCCUCGGCUCCGAGUGCUGAUGGGGACACUCUGAGGGCUGAGGCUCCGCUGACGAAGCUGACGCAGCGACUGAACGAGGUGAACCGGCAGCGAGUGGAGCUGUCGGCAACAGUGAAGAACUGCCGGUUCCCUGACGUGCUGGAGUGUUGCCUAGUGUUGCUGCACAUGAGCCGGUGCUGCCCCCCCGCAGUGCCCCCCGAGCUGAGGGGGCGAGCCCUGAGCCUGGCUCGUACCUACAGCUCCCACCGUGGCCUGGCCCUCCGUAGGAUCCUGGGGGAGAGCUAGCGGCACGGAGAGGCACACGACACACCGAGCAUCGGCCUCCCGCGUGGACAGGUGCGGGCGGAGCUGGGAUCGUGUGGGGGGAGAAAUCUCCAGGGUCUCUUUCCUCCUCCCAUUCCCGAUCUGAGUGCAGGUAUUCCUGCCCCCCUUCCCGCUGCCUGGCCCAGUGCCACCGAGGACUGUCUCUGCCCCAAGAUGGAGUGAGUGCGGUGUGACACCUGCCUCUCAAUGUCACGCGCGGUGUUUUGUCAGAGAAUAAAGUUUAAGGUCUUGUUUUUGAUACUGAGCCCCUGGGAUUUGGCUGCUGACGACCGUAACACUCCCCCCCCCCCCCCCCACCCCGCUCUGACUGGGUUCCUUAAGGGGAUCACACACUGGUUACCGCGAGUGUAAAGAAACGAUUAGUUUUGUGUUGAUGCUGCACAGAAAGCACCUCCAGAUAAAACUGUCGAGUGAGCGAGUGAUCGGAACUUUUUUUUUAUAUAUUGAAAUCAUUAAAGAGUCUGAAGUU